AUGUCUGGUGGGCUCAUAGAUAAAGUUUAUAUAGGCUUGGACAAUGCACCAUCUGCAUUUGAUAUUAAAUCGAGAAUACUUGGACCAAAUGGUACUAAUCUUGAGUAUAUAAGAUCCGAGACCGGAGUUGUUGCUGUUUUGAAAAGUGAUAAAUUCGAGCCCCUGCACUUAGCACUGCAUCAUACAAGAUCAGAGGCAUUGGCUGCGGCUAGAUCACUGGCGCAGAACCUCAUAGAAACCAUUCGAGCAGAGUUAGCUCAAUGGAGUGCCGCUCAAGCGGGAGGGCCACCGCCUGCGCUCAAUGUGCCUCCGCCGACUCUCACAACAACAGCCGCUCCGCCUCCCGUACCCCCUCCUGUUGUAACAGUGGCACUAUCCACACCAUCAACGUUAACAACCACGUCACAUCCUUCAGUUAUGCCUCCAGUUGUCAGUGUUGCUUCAACACCCUUGAUGACAGUUAGACAGCCGACAGUUUUGCAAUUACUACCUCAGCAACAGUAUGUGUUAAAUCAGGAAAGCGGACAGUUAAUACCUAUAGUGCAGCCAGGAGUUCAAGUAUCGAAUACAAAUUUUACAUCUCUUCCAUUAGCUCAGCAACUAAGUGCAAUACAGCAGCCGAAUUUCGGUGCAACACAAAUUGUGGAUAUUUCUAGCAUGCAGCCUGUGAAUGUCACUCAGUUGAGACUCAGUGGAGUUCCAUCGUCAAUGUCUAUGAUCUUGCCAAAUGGCCUGUCAUUUCCCCAGGCGAGUUUAACGGGGGCUGAUACAACUACUGUUAGUUCAGCGACAGCAACCCCUGUAGUUUGUGCGGCACAGAGUACUAAUGCAUCACAGAAAAUCCUUUAUAGUACUGAUAAGGGUGACAAAGAAGUCAAGUACCACAUACAAGGAGCUGAAACAAUGCAGUGGACCGUCCCUGGGUCUCAAACUAUGUUGAUACCGUAUCAACAGUUGCAAGAUCUAGCAACAAAUCAAACAGGCUUGACAAACCUUCAACCUCAGCAGUUUGUGUCGAUUGCACCAGCGAAUAGUUUUCAACAAACUUCCCUUCCGCUGUCCCAGUUGCAACUGCAACAGUUGCAGGCCACCGGUACAAUAAUGCAGUUAAAUCAAAAGCCAAUAGUAAGCAGUGCGUCCUUAAUAAAUAUAAUUUCUACCGGCCAAGCGUCCUCACCGCAAAUUAUAUCAAGUUCGUCGACCCCUACAAAAAAUUCGAGUCAAGAGUCUAGAGGUCAAAAAAGGUUAUCCGAUGGAACACCAAGCCAAUUGCAAUUGCGACCGAUUGCGCCAGCUGGGUCUCAUGUAAACCAGGACAAGAGCUCAUCAAGAGAUUCCAGAUCGUGGACCGCUGCCGCAGCUAGAGACAAUACGAUGGUCAGCAUGGGUAUGAAAAUUAAUCCGGCUCACGGGACCAUCAUCCACGUAUCUUCUGGACAACAAACAAAUGUAUCGGCGUCCACAGUAACCCAAGACGGAACAGGAAUGUACAUAAAGCAGAUUGAUAGAAACGCUAUACAAAUACAGACGAGUAAAGAUGGACAGAAACAAGAUUUGACAUCUAAUAAAAUACAAAGCGCAGCACAAAACGUUCAAAUGAUAACAGUUCCGCAAGGAAUGACUGUUUUACAAAAUCCACUCAAUAUCAGUCAAAUGCCGACAGUGAUUGGGCAACCAAAUAGUCAAGUAUACAUGAUACCAGCGAAUCAUCCGAACUUAGUCCAAGGUGCUCUUCCUCCCGGGCUACUUGGGCAACAAGUGUUACAACCGGGACAAAAUGUUACAGUAAUGCAGCCAAAUCAACUUGGUAUGCCAGGUGGUGUUCAAUACAACGUACCAUUGAUGCCGAUGAAUAUGCCUCAUAACUCUCAGUACAUGCCAGCAGGGUUAAACCUCAAUACUCAAUUAUCGGCACAACAAUUAAACGCAGCGUUAGCGGGUCAACAGCUAGCGAAUUCAAACUUAACAGUUUCCGGAACGAUACCAAUAGUUCAAGCACCUCCAUCUUCUCCAAUGACAAACAAUUCUACACUAAAUGCGUCUCAACCUCCAGUGCAUCAAAUUUUGCCGCAAAAUUCAAAUUACAUGACACCUACUUCACAAUACGCGAGCAUGCCUCCUCAGUACGUUAUGCAAACGAAUUCUGGAGCGUUAACUAUGCCUUCAAACCCCAAUGUUCAAUACACUAUGCCUACAAAUCAAGCUACAACUCCAGCGCCUACAAACGGUAAUGGCCAAUCAAACACCGCUGAAGCGGACAAUACAAACGGAACAAGCAAUCAAACUAAUUAUAUUUCGUCAUCUUCUCAAGAUAAUAGUUACUCGAUAUCUGGCACAACGUCUGUUCAAAACGCAACUCAACAGGGUUUCACAAACGAUGGAAGUUCGACACCUACAGCGGGGUACUCGUCGACAAAUCAAUCCGUGUCACAACAGAAUUACGGGUCUGCGAACGGCAGUGGAUCCCAGAACACCGGCUACAGCGUCAGCCAGGCGUCCACACAACCCCCGAGCUACCCCAGCAAUGGCUCCAACCCUCAAACACCCACUCAAUCUUAUCCACAAACGACCCCAAGCACACAAAACACGUCACAAGCAAACUUUUCACCAUCGACAACACCUGCGCCGAAUCAAACGUACCAAAACAUGCCAUCGAUGCCCAACGUCCCCCAAAACAUGCCAACGAUGCCAAACGUUCCGCAGAACAUAACGAUGGCGAACGUCCCCACGCAAAAUCCCUACCCUAACACCCAAAAUCCCUACCCGAACGCGACCGGGCAGAAUUUAGCCGCGUAUGCCAGUAACCAGUACACGUAUACGAGCCGGCCCUGGUUCCGACCGCGCUACGGGUCCCCACAGGGCUCGCCCUACGCCCCGCCCCCGCCCUCCGGCUACAACUACUGGCAGGAUACUUGAGACUUAGCCCUCGAGGACGGAGACCUAACCUGACUAGACCUGAGGCUCGACGACGACUCGUGACGUCCCGCCUCGCCAGAUUCCUACAAUGUCCUAAUACUGAACUAAUAUAUCGCUCAUAUAAUAUAUAUUGAAUUUCAUAAUAACUAUGUAGAUAAAUAGUGUAUAUUUGUAUUUGUGGAGUGUACCAGUGUCAUGGAGUGCAAUGUGACUACUUGGAUCUCUACUCGACCGGUAGAUUAAUGAAAAAUGUAGUAUAUAAGAUAUAUGUAAUAGAGACUGCUUUAAUAUUAAAAAAAUAUUACAUUUA